GUAACAGGGGACGUGGCGUCCAUGGCUGUUGACCUGUGCGUGGACGUUGUGGGAUGACGAAUUGACGAGUUGAGUCGUGUGACGUGGAGAUAUUGGGUGGAUAGGCUGCGCGGUGACCCCGCGCCUGUUAGCCCGCCGGUCAUGACCUUCUCGCCAGCCAGCAUCCGCAGCCUCACGGCCGGGGGCGCGACGGCGGCGGCCGGCGCCGAGACGGGCCGACCCAAGCUCACACACAGCUUGCUACACCAGUUCAAUGCGCGCAACGCCCGCUCCAUCGCUGUGGCGCUGGUGCUGGUGUUCAUAUCGUACCACGGCCUGGUGCGGCUGGUGUACGGCACCGACUCGUGCGCGUGGCUGCUGGCGCGCGGCGAGUACCACGCCGGCGCCGCCUGGCAGCCCUACGGCUGCAUGGUGCACACGUACACCGUGCGCGACUCGCGCCGCUGCAUGCGCUACCUCGAGUUCCUCGGCCAGCGCAACCACCUGGCGUUCGUGGGCGACUCGCGCGUGCGGCAGCUGUACGCGGCGUUCGUGACGCAGUUCGGCGAGACGGUGCCGCCGGCGGAGGGCGCACGCCGCCACGAGGACCUGGUCUACGAGGACGCCCAGCUGGGCCUGCGCGUGCAGUUCCUGUGGCGGCCGCUGGUGGACGAGCGCCUGCUGGGUGACGUGAUCGAGUGGCGCGAGGCGCCGGCCGCCCGGCUGCCGCGCGUGCUCGUGCUCGGCAGCGCCACGCACGCCAUCAAGACGUUCAACGGCUCGGAAACGGCGCUGAGGGCGUACACGAGGAACGUGACGCGGCUGGGCGCCGUGCUGGACCAGCUGGCCGGCGCCGGCGUGCGCGUGCUAUGGACCGUGCAGGAGCCCGUGUUCUAUGACCGGCUGGCAGAGCGGCGGCGCGCCAUCACUAAUGAACAGAUUGACCUGUACAACGCGGCGGCGCGCCGCGUGCUCGCCAGCACGCGCGUCCGUCUCUGGGAGAGCAACCGGCUAAUCGGCAGCGGGCGGCUCUCCGAGAGCCGGGACGGGCUGCACGCGGGCCCGCGCGCCCAGGGCCACGUGGUCCAGCUGCUGAUGAACCUCUACUGCAACGACCGCAUGAACUACAACGACGGCACGUGCUGCAGCGGCGGCGAGCCCGUCACGCGGCUGCAGGUGGUGACGUUUGCUGGCUUCGCCAGCUGCGUGGUGGCGGCGGCGGCGCUGCGCGGGUUGCGCUGGCUGCGGCAGCGCCGCCGGCGGCCGGGCGAGCCCGAGGAGCCGGAGCCGGCCGCCGGCGGCGCGUACGCACUCGUCACUGCGCUCGCCCGGCUCGGCAUCAUCAUGGCCUACUUCUUCCUCUGCGACCGCACGACGUUCUUCAUGAAGGAGAACCGCUACUUCACGCCGCUGAACUUCUGGCUGCCGCUGGGUUAUUUGGUCGUGCUGGGGCUGUUCUUCAAUGAGGAGGGCCGCCAUACGAAUCUGCUGCACAGGGACCAGACGGAGGAGUGGAAGGGCUGGAUGCAGCUGACCAUCCUGGUGUACCACAUGACGGCCGCCAGCAAGGUGCUGCCCAUCUACAUGCACAUCCGCGUGCUCGUCUCCAGCUAUCUCUUCCUCACCGGCUACGGACACUUCAUGCUCUUCUGGAAGACGGGCCAGACCAACCUGGUGCGCUUCUUCAAGGUGGUUUUCCGCAUGAACAUGCUGACGGUGACGCUGUGCUUCUGCAUGAAUCGGCCGUACCAAUUCUACUACUUCGUGCCGCUCGUCACCUUCUGGUACGUCAUGCUGUUUAUCAUGUUGGUGGUGCCGCCGCGUGUCACGGCCAAGUCCAGCGAGAACAACCACGUGCAGUACCUCUACCUGGUCAUCAAGUUCAUCGUCUUCUUCUCCGUGGUCAUCAUCCUCUUCAUGUCGGAGGUCUUCUUCGAAAAGAUCUUCGUGAUGCGGCCGUGGAAGGCGCUGUACGUCACAGAGGACGAUGACAUUCACCAGUGGUGGUUUCGCUGGCAGCUGGACCGCUUCAGCGUCGCCUUCGGCAUGCUCUUCGCAUUCCUUUACGUGUUGGCGCGCCGGCACUUGCCCCUGGACGACAACUCACCGGGCAACCUGCUCUCCGGCAACCUGGCCCUCACGGCCGUCUUCCUCUCGCUGGCCGGCCUCGGUGGCUACAGCACCUUCACCUUCAUGUGCAGCAGCAAGCCCGACUGCAACCGCGUGCACCCGUACAUUGUGUUCAUUCCCAUCCUGAGCUACGUCGUGCUGCGCAACAUCGUUGGCUGCUUGCGCACGCGCUACUCGUCUCUGUUCGCCUGGUUCGGCCGCAUCUCCCUGGAGCUCUUCAUCGGCCAGUACCACAUCUGGCUGGCGGCCAAUACGUACGGCGUGCUGGUGCUGGUGCCGCUGUACCCGGUGCUGAACGUGCUCAUCACGUCCUUCAUCUUCAUCUGCGUCAGCCUGGAGGUGCACCGCAUCACGGACGAGCUGACGCCCGUGCUGGUGCCUAACGACUGGCGCCUCUGCCUGCGCAACUUCGUCAUCUUCGUGCUCGUGCUGGUGCCCAUCGGCGUGCACGACGGCAUGUUCUAGGAGCGCGCGGCCAGCUGUGGGCGUGCCGAAGUGGAAUCCGCUGCUGACCUGGGCAUCUUUAAGGGCGGGGUUGCUGUGAAGACUCUGGGGGAGGAGUCGUGCGGACCUGGUGCCGGCGCCGUGGGCGGCGGGCUGGGAGCGCGGCGGCGGGCAGGCGCCGGCCGGUGCUGGCGGGCCGUCGUCCGCUGGCGGGCCUCGCCGGCGGAGAGCCGCCUGCACGUCAUCGUCGGUCCCGGCGUCCCCCUCCCCUCCCUGCCGGUACCCGGCCAGCACGCUCCAGACAUGGUUGUGAACGGGCACGUGUGGCGGCGUUGCCCCCUGUUGAUUAGUUCUAAGCGCACACGACGUGGUGAGUCUGGGCGAGCUGGGCUGCCGGCUGGGACGAAAGUUUGAGAACCGCGGCCCUCCCGGCUGCGGGCUCGCGACAUGUGCGGUAGUUGAGUUCGAGAACCGCGACCAGCUGCUCCCGCUGGCCGCCGGUGGGAUUGGUGGCGCGGUUUGAGAGCGGCUCUUUGACCGGUCGCUCGGCGGACGGCCCGGGGCGGCCGGCCACGCGACCGCUGACGGUCCGCGCCGUACAGCUCUAUCGCACGGUCUUUGCGAUGCAGCGGCGGCGGUCACACCGCCUCCAGACUGCUCAGACAUGGCUCCGCCUCUUGCGCGGCGGCGAGACUGAGCCCCGUCAGAGACGUGAGGGCGUACGUCUGAGAUCUCCGCGGCGAGGGUGGGCUAGCCCGCUCUCGACCCGGGCGGAGGCCGCUGCUCGUGGUGCGCCAGCGGCGCGCUGUGCCUUCAGAGACCUGCGUGCUGUCCAGGUCGCCGCGGUCAGGUCCCAACACAAACCCGGUGGACACCUGAAGUCUGGUUUUUCUUCGGUUUGCGGCCCAGCUGUGCUCUGGUCGCUGCUCGGGCAGUCAUCGAACGUCCGUGCGAGCGUUAGCUGACGUCAUCUAACGUCAUUUACGCGAGCGACUCGUGUUCAUUGAUUAUCCCGCUGACGCCUCCACACUAACGGACCUGCGCAGACCGCGUUUCUGCGCGAGCGGCACGUGACAUUCGUGUGGUGCACGGUGUGCCACGCGGAUGUAUGCAAAGGACGUGCCGUUGUCGCGUCCGCGCACCAAAGUGAAGUCUGUGCUGGGCCAGUACAGAGGAAACAUUUGGGCAUUAAUGUGUGUGAUCCGGUCUAUCGCCCGUGUGUCUGGAGGCCGCCGAGUCUAUGGGGUUUGUUUCCGAAGCUUCAGUCUUCUCCGACUGCACCGGUGGGAGGGCCAUCUCGGCGUCGCCGUCGCUGCUGUGCCAGCGCUGGCCGCCGUCGACUACAGCUG